AUGAAGUCAAGGAGCAUCUGGUCAUUCCUCUUAUUGCUUGAAGUUUUCUUAUCAGCCGCUAGUGGAUGGAUGGAAUCAAACUGGAACAGACAAUUUUAUUCUGAUUCUGGGAGGCUAACACAAGAGGAAUCCAGAAGCGUUGAAGUCACAAGAAAAGUGCUUUAUGGGCAAGAUGGACUCCAUGCAUCAUGUGAAAAAAAGUAUUGUGGACGGGGAAGUAAAUGUAUUGUGAACAAGGAGACUAAUAAACCUGAAUGUAGAUGCAUAGAUGAUUGCAAGUCCAGUUACAUGCCAGUAUGUGGAUCAGAUGGCAAAUUCUAUGAAAAUCAUUGUGAACUGCAUCGAGCUUCAUGCUUCCAAAGGAAGAAAAUUUACAUUAUUCACAGCAAAGACUGUUUCUUCAAAGGUGAUGCUUGUACAAUGGCAGACUACAGUCAACUAAAGGGGAUCCUCCUAGACCUUCAGUCACAUCGCCAGAGGCAGCAAAACCAGCCAGGAGAAGACAGAACCCAAAAGCGCUUCUUAGUCGGAGAUAUGUUUAAUUACUUGGAUAUAAAUGGUGAUGGGCACCUCAGCAGCUCUGAAUUGGCUCAGCUGAAAAAAAGGGAAGAUCUGGAAGAUGAUUUCUUGAAUUGUACUCCAGAAGAUCUUCUCCGAUUUGAUGAUUACAAUCAUGAUGGUUACCUAACCCUGCAGGAACUCUAUACUGCAUUCCAGGUGGUUCAACUCAUACUCUCUGAAGAGCAGAAUGUCAGCGUAACCACCGUAACUGUUGGGCUAAGCACUGUAUUGACUUGUGCGGUACAUGGACCUCUGAGACCUCCAAUCAUCUGGAAACGCAAUGGCAUUGUGCUGAGCUUCUUGGAUUUGGAAGAUAUCAAUGAUUUUGGAGAAGAUGACUCUCUCUACAUAACCAAGGUAACAACUAUUCACAUGGGCAAUUACACGUGUCAUGCCUAUGGCUAUGAAGAAUUGUAUCAGACCCACAUUCUUCAGGUGAAUGUGCCACCGGUGAUUCGUGUCUAUCCUGAAAGCCAGGCACAAGAACCAGGAAUAUCAGCAAGCCUCAAAUGUCAUGCUGAGGGCAUCCCAAAUCCCAAAAUGUCCUGGCUAAAGAAUGGCAUGGCUAUCACACCAAAAUUAUCCAAGCAGCUCCUUUUUUUAGCAAAUGGAAGUGAACUUCAUAUCAGCAGUGUUCGAUAUGAAGAUACAGGUGCCUAUACUUGCAUUGCUAAAAAUGAAGUGGGGGUAGAUGAGGACAUUUCGUCUCUCUUCAUUGAAGAUUCAGCAAGAAAAACCCUUGCAAACAUACUGUGGCGAGAGGAAGGGCUCAGUGUGGGAAAUAUGUUCUAUGUCUUUUCUGAGGAUGGAAUCACAGUAAUUCAGCCAACUGACUGUGAGAUCCAGAGGCAUAUCAAACCAAAUGAGAAAGUGUUCACCAGUUAUGUAGAUAUCUGUCCUAGUCUUGAAGGUGAAGCUGUUCAGUCUUGCCUCUGGGCCUCUGCUGUCAAUGUCAGAGAUAAAUAUAUUUAUGUUACUCAGCCUAAGUGGAAUAGAAUAAUGAUCCUUGAUAUCCAGACACAGAAAAUCAUUCAGUCUCUGGGUGUUGAUCCUCUGCCAGUGAAGUUACAUUAUGAUAAGUCACAUGACCAAAUAUGGAUACUUAGCUGGGGGGAUAUGAAGAAAUCCCAUCCAACACUACAGGUAAUACCAGAAGCAAGUACAGGAGAAAACCAGCAGAUCAUCUCUACCCACCUGAAUGGAAUGGAUGAUUAUUUUAUUCCACCUACAAAUCUGAUCAUCAAUCACAUCAGGUUCGGUUUCAUCUUUAAUAAGUCAAAGGCUGCGGUUCACAAAAUUGAUCUGGAAACCAUGGCUCAUAUCAAGACUGUCAGCUUUGGAAACUACAGCUGCCUGCCCCAAGCCAUGGCCUACACCCACCUGGGGGGCUAUUUUUUUGUGCAGUGCAAAGCAAAUAUGUCCAUACCAAGAAUUUCACAGCUUAUAAUUGAUAGUGUUACAGAUUCUGUUAUUGGCCCCAACUAUGACGUUUCAGGUACUCCUUACAUCUCUCCUGAUGGACGUUAUUUGAUCAGUGUAGAUGAAGAGAGCAGGAGGAUCAGAGUCCAGGCCAUAACAAUCCAAGGAGAAAUCAAAUUGAUUUAUGACUUACAAACCGCUAUGCACAUAUCUCAUCUGACAUUCCAGUCCUCUUUCACUGAAGCCAAUCAGUAUUAUAUAUAUGCUUCUUCACAUUUGCAAACAGAUGUACUUUUUGUUGAGUUGUCAACAGGGAAAAUGGACCUCUUGAAGAACUUAAAAGACCCUAUCAGAUCUAAAGACUGGCCCUGGAACAGCUACAACAGAAUUAUCCAAGACAGUGGAUUAUUUGGUCAAUACCUUAUAACACCAGCAAAGAAUUCACUCUUUAUAAUUAAUGGGAGACAAAAUACAUUACGCUGUGAGGUUUCAGGAAUCAAAAAGGGCAAUACAGUAGUUUGGGUAGGAGAUGUAUGAAAAAUAUACAAAAGGAAAAAGGAACCAGAACU